AUGGAAAUCUGGCAUGAUGAUUCCAAUUUUUUAACUGCAUUUAGAAGGUUUAUUGUAGAUGAAAAAACCGAAUAUUUAACUCAGUAUAUUAACAAGAAAGAAACCAUGAUGAUGAUCCAAUAUCAGCUAGACCUGAAUGAACCUAGCGAUAGUUAUAAAGUCGGCCUUAUUCAUAUUGCUGCAUAUUAUAAUUCUCUUGAUUCAUUCAUUUUUCUUGAAAAAAAUUUAGGAUUAGAUUAUACAAUGAUAAAAUCCGUCGACAAUAAAAAUUGUUUGCACUAUGCAUGCAAAGGCGGAUCUUUUGAGGUUGUUGUUUACAUUCUUAACAACUACAUGAAUUUCAAGGACUUUAUUGUUAAAACGGAUGCAAAUUAUAUUAAUUUUGCGUUGGAAUCGAAUUCUGUUGAAAUUGCAAGAUUACUAUUGAAAAAAGAGUUUACUUUUACACCAAACGAUGAGUUUAUUAAUAGGUUGAUACUUAACAAACAGAUUGACAGCCUGAAAUUCAUUAUUCAAACUAACCAAGAAAAAAGAAAUGCCAGAUCUAGUUUAAAAUUAGAAAAACAACUCCUAUAUAUCAUUGCAAUCAAUAACAUAGAUAUGAUGAAAUUGCUUUUCGAUAAUGAUGAAAAUUCAUCUUUUCAAGAUUUUUAUAAAAGUUGCUUGCAAUUGGCUUGCUUAAAUAAUUGUGAAUAUGCUGUUGAACAGAUCUGUAAAAAAGUAGAAAAUAUAGACAUUCCAUUUGAAGAAGAAGCAAAGGGAGCAAUACAUUGGGCAUGCAGUUCGUGUAAUCCAAAGAUUGUUAAAAUUAUGUGUGAGAAAAACAUUCAUAUUAAUAGAUUUGAUAAAAAUGGAAAUCUUGGACCUGUUGAAAUGAUUGAUAAAGCAGCUACUGCCGAUUUUAUUGAUAUCAUGCAAAUUCUCAUAGAUAAUGGUUUUGAUAUUGAUCAGAGAAAAGAUGAUAAACAUAAUUCCCUUCUUGGAAGUAUUGUUAAUUCAAUAGAAAAGGAUUAUGAAGUUAUUACUUGGCUUAUCAAAAAAGGUGCAAAUAUUGAUUAUCGUAUCGUAGAUAUAAAAGAUUCUCCAUCAAUUAGAGAUUAUAUCAGUCGCGAGUCAGCUGGUUACAAAACAUUUUUGGCGAAGUUUAAACUUAUAUAUGAAUUAUUAAUUCAAGGAUAUGAUAUCAAAAAGAAAAAUUAA